AUGGCAACAACCAUGGAGCCCAUGGCCAUCAUUGGCUUCUCAUUCAGACUACCUCAGGAUGCACAAGAUGAGGCACGUUUCUGGGAAGUGAUGCAGAAUCGAGAGAAUCUGGCGGGCGAGUGGCCGGAGACGCGAUUAAACGUUGGAUCUUUGCAUGACGAUGAUAGUCCAAAACGUCCCAGCACGCUUGCCGCGCGAGGUGGUCAUUUCUACAAGGAGGACAUCGCAGGUUUUGAUGCGCCCUUUUUCAGUAUCACGGCCAACGAGGCCAUGGCCAUGGAUCCCCAACAGCGGUGGGCACUUGAGUUGGCCUACCUGUCAUUUGAAAAUGCUGGGCUCACAAUGCCGAAGCUCAAGGGAUCACGGAUGGCAAUAUAUGCCUCUACAAUCUCUGACGACUACAGCAAGAUUUUGAGCAAAGACCCCGACGACCUACCUCGCAUGAGUGCAACUGGACUUGCACCCUCAACACUGCCAGCUCGAAUCAGCUGGUACUUUGAUCUACAAGGCCCAAGCUUCCACUUGGAUACAGCUUGUUCGGGGAGUAUGGUGUCCUUGGAUCUUGCUUUUCAGUCCUUCAGAAAUGGAGAAACAGACUGUGCAUUGAUUAUGGGCUCGAGCAUGUUUUUGACCCCAGAAACUUCUAUGAUGCUUGGGCAAAUGAAUUUCUUGUCUCCAGACAGCCGUUGCUAUAGUUUUGAUCAUCGUGCAAACGGAUAUGCCCGAGGAGAAGGCUUGAUUGGUCUUGUGGUCAAGCCGCUCUCAGCUGCUAUUAGGGAUGGCAAUACGAUCAGGGCGCUCGUACGCUCCACUGGUACUAACCAGGACGGUCGCACACCUACACUGACUCAGCCCAGUACUGAAGCCCAAGAGCGACUGAUCAGAUCUGUAUACAAGAAGGCCAACCUCGAUUUCACAAAAACGAGAUAUUUUGAGGCCCACGGUACUGGAACACCUACCGGUGACCCAAUCGAGAUGGAAUCCAUAGGGAAAGUGUUCAAAAGUUCAAGAUCAAAAACCGAGCCUCUAUAUGUGGGAACAGUGAAGGCCAAUAUUGGCCAUCUUGAGGGUGGUAGCGGCCUUGCUGGUAUUUUGAAAUCCGUAAUGAUCCUAGAAAGGGGAAUCAUACCUCCAAACGCUCUAUUCGAGAAGAUAAAUCCUAGAAUUGAUCCUGAUGCGCUUCAUAUUGCUGUUCCUACGGAAUCAAUAGACUGGCCGACCAAUGACCUUCGCAGAAUCUCUGUAAACUCAUUUGGUAUUGGUGGAACAAACGGCCACGCCGUACUUGAUGAUGCCUGUCAUUAUCUCCACGAUCACCAAUUGCAGGGGCACCAUAACUGCUUUCGAGAUCGUGAAACGCCAUUUCGGAAUGGAGUGGAUGCCCAUAUUGGUUCCACCCAGGCAACACAGAAUGGCGGCACUCAAUCCCAUGACCACGUCAACGGACAUGUCAACGGACAUGACACCACACUCAAUAGCGUUUCGGCAUCCGAACCACCGAAGUUAUUGGUGUGGACAGCAUUCGAUGAGGCAACAAUACGUCAAGUCACAGAGAGAUACUCGGAAUAUCUCAAGGGCUAUAUUGGAUCCGAUAAGAAUCUUUUGUCCAAUUUAGCCCACACCUUGUCCGAGCGGCGAGAUCAUUUGAGAUGGAGGAGUUUCGCAGUCGCCGACUCAGGCUCAAACGUAUCAGACAGUGAUGCCUUCAGAGUUGCGAAGCCAACGCGUGCGCUUAGCGGCAGUUACGGCAUCAACUUCCUCUUCACUGGACAAGGCGCCCAGUACGCUGGAAUGGGCAUGGGUCUCAUGAAAUAUGCCGUCUUUAAGAAAACCCUGCAGGAUUUCGACGACGCUCUUGCUCGCCUUGGUUGCCCCUGGUCUUUGUUUGGUAGCAUAGAUAAAUUGCAAGAUGGACAGAGUAUCGACCAGCCCGAGUACAGCCAGCCUCUUUGCACGGCAUUGCAAAUAGCAUUGGUCGAAUUAUUGAAGACCUUUGGCAUCACUCCUACUGCCGUGGUAGGACAUUCAUCAGGCGAGAUUGCUGCUGCCUUCACUGCUGGCGCCUUGUCAUUUGACUCAGCAUGCCAGGUUGCCUAUCAUCGGGGUCGACUAGCCUGCAAAUUGCGCACAGCUACGAGUGACGCUCCAGGCGCCAUGCUGUCGGCCAAUAUAUCACCAGACCAAGUUUCCGAGUAUCUUGAUAAGGCUGAUCAGGAAACUGUCCAUGUAGCCUGCGUCAAUAGCCCGCUCAACAUCACCCUUUCUGGAUCUGCUCUUACUAUCGACAAGCUCAAACAAUCACUUGACCGCGAAGGCAUAUUCGCCCAAAAGGUUAAUACUGGAAUCGCCUACCACUCCCCCGCCAUGCAAGCAAUAGCGGAAGAGUACGCUGAAGUCUUGGAAUCCAUCAGGCCUCCGGUUGGGGAAAGUUCAUGUACUGGAGUUCCAAUGGCGUCUUCAGUAACAGGCCACAUAAUUCCUGCAAACCUUCUGUCUACACCUCGGUACUGGGUGGAUAAUCUCGUGUCGCAGGUAAAGUUCAGUGAUGCCAUUCAGACUGCAUCCGAACUGCUAGGCGCCGGUCGUUUCGGCGCCAGCAAUGGUGGCUUUCUAGAAAUUGGCCCGCAUGCGGCGCUCCGACGUCCAGUAAACGAUACCCUACGUCAGUCAUCAAGUCACGUUUCUGAUGCGGAGAAUAUCAUCGGAUACCACUCUGCUCUGUAUAGGUCAAAGCCUGCUGUACAGAGCUUGAUGGAAAUGGCAGGGCAGCUUUUCAGCGUGGGCUACCCUGUCAUUGUGUCUGCCGUCAAUCAAGAGCUCGAAAGCAAGCCCAGCAUGCUCACCAAUUGUCCCUCAUACCCCUUCAACCAUUCACGCAAAUACUGGAGCGAAUCGCGAUUGAGUAAAGAUUUCAGAUUGCGAGGUGACUCGACGUGGAGUGUGCUUGGAAGACGUGCUACAGACUGGAAUCCCUUGGAUCCAAGAUGGCGCAAUGUCCUGACAUUGGACUCCGCACCUUGGCUCGGAGACCAUGUUGUGAAUAACAAUAUAGUGGUCCCGGGUACCGCCAUGUUGGUAAUGUCAUUACAGGCUGUGCAUCAGCUCGCUACACCAGAGCGUCCCUUGGCCGGAUUCCUGAUCAAGUCUGCGCGUUUCUCUAGCCCAAUCAUGCUAGCGAAUGCAGAUAGCAAAACGGAGACAAUGGUUCAAGUCCACCCAGUACGGAAAUCCUACGAGAAAGAAGUACGCUCGUUUGACGUCAAGAUAUACGCUUAUUCCAAUGAGCGCUGGACCGAAUGCUUCGAAGCAAGAGUCAUGCUUCAGUACGCAACCGAUUUGUCCAACCUCGACGGGGACUCCGAGCAAAUGAUAGACCAUGAACGUGUCAAAGAACAAUGUCAAGAGACAGCUGCCGCCUGCACCCGCAAGAUCACUCCACGAGCAUUCUACACCUUCUUGAAUGAGUACAUUGGACUCAAGUACGGGAAAACAUUUCAGCUACUUGAAGACAUUCGCUGGGAUGGGAAAAAUAGUGCGGUUGCUUCCGUCGGAACAAGCACAACUGAACCGUUGAUGGCUGGGGACUAUCCACAACCCACAGUCCUAGAUGCUGCCAUCCACCUGUGUCUAGCUCAGCUAUCUAGAGGCCUCACACUCACAGGCGCAACCUUGGUGCCUCACGAGAUAUCCAAUGCUUGGAUAUCUGCCACUGGGUGGAAAUGCUCAUCGGUGCAGCUCCUGUCAGAAGCUGCGUACAGAAGCGAUUCAACGUCUGCUGAAAUGGCUGUAAAGAUCCUUGACUCAGAAGGCACACCAUUGUGUUCAGUGGGACAGUUGAAGCUUGCAGCAGUUUCCAAAAGUGGAAAUUCACAGUCCCAAGAGAAAGUCCAUUUAUACAAGAUCGCAAGCGAUGCUCAGCUCAGCAUGCUGAGCCCAGAGAAGCUUCAAGCCUUAUGUUUGGCUCCUACCGCGCCGGAACCGCAAUACCUCGGCUACGCCAAAGCCUUGGGUCCAGCCUUGCUCUUUUUCGCCAACAAGGCAAUGAGCCAGCUAGGCCCUCAAGACCUAGUCAAUGCCCCUCCGCACAUGGAAAAAUAUCUAUCUUCACUCAAACCGCUCCUUGCCGAGAACAAACACGAGAUAAUGCUUACCGAGAGCGAUUACUUCAAUGUCCUUGAACAAUACGCCGGAAAGACUGAAUCGUGGAGACUGUUGCCAGCAGUUGCUCAAAAUUUGGUGCCACUCAUCAAAGGCGAGGUGGAUGUUCUCGAGCUUUUCUUCGACGAUGGCAUGGUUGAGGACUACUAUGCUUCCAUCUUUAAGGAACUUCUAGAUGACAGACUUCGACGCUUUCUGAGACUGGUGAGCCAUGAGAAACCAGCUCUCAGGAUCCUCGAGGUCGGAGCCGGGACUGGCGCAAUGACAAGGGGUAUCCUGGAUACUCUUCAUCAAUUUGAGAUCGAGGAAGGCUCCAUGAGGUUUGCUGAAUAUGUUUAUACUGACAUAUCUCCUGGAUUCUUCGAUCACGCCAAAACCAAGUUCCAGCAGUUUGAAGACCGUAUUUCGUUCCAAAAGUUUGACCUUGAGAAGAGUGCUCAAUCCCAGGGACUCGUGGCCGGCAGUUUUGACCUGAUCAUCGCGGGCAGUGUCAUUCACGCUGUAUCGGAAUUGAAUACCACUCUCCAACACCUUCGUGGGCUUUUGAAUGACAACGGGCGCCUCGUGCUGCUCGAGAUCGUUUCUCCUCAGAAUCCAUGUGUCGCCGUCCCGUGGGGAUUGCUUCCGGGCUGGUGGCUGGCCAAGGAGAAAUGGAGAAGCACAAAUCCUCUGAUCACUGAAGUACAGUGGGAUCAUGUUCUCAAAGAAGCGGGGUUCACAGGCACUGAUUUGGUCUUGAGAGACCACGAAGACCCCAAGCAUGGCAUCUGUAGCAUCAUGAUCAGCAAAGCUGAUGCACAGCACAGCCUUUCAAACGGAUCUACCCUUCAGGGCACCACACAAUCUUCGAGCACGCACCUUGUUGUGCUCUUCGACGAGCAGUCCAGCCUUCAGGCAGAACUUGCCGGAAAACUUGUCCACUCUCAUGGUGGACGACUGCUACCAUUCUCCAAACUUGGUGAAGCCAAGAUUGACAGCCGCGAUGUGGUUAUUUCUCUUCUAGAAAUCGAUAGACCAUUACUGUCGAUCAUACAAGAGGAGGAAUUCAGUGGCCUGAAGAGUGUCCUCACCCAAGCAAAGGAUAUUAUGUGGGCGACUGCUGUGAAUCCAGAGAGUCCAGCAUACGCCCUGUAUAGUUGCGCCAAGGGCUUCCUGCGCAGUCUGAGAUCGGAGGCAAUUGAGAAACACAUUGUCACUCUCUCCAUUGAGACAAGCGAUCCAGCUGCGAACUCGGCUCACUACUUGGAAUACAUUCAAGAAUCGCUGCGGGUUUCUUUUGAAGGCGAAAGAGCUCGUGACACUGAGUACAUAGUUCGUGAUGGAGUCUUUUACACGGAAAGGCUGGCACAAGAAAUUGAGCUGGAGAAUCGUACACAGUCAUCCGGACAGUUGCAGCCCCGCAUAGAGCCUUGGUCUGGCGGAUCUCCAGUCAAGUUGGAUAUUCCGGUCCCAGGCCUCUUGGACACUCUUCGAUUUGUAGAGGAUACGGAGUACGUAAACGACCUCUCCCCCGAAGAUGUUGAGAUUGAAGCCAAGGCUUGGCCUCUCAGCUUCCGAGACAUUUUUAUUGCUCUUGGUCGCUUAGAAGGCGAGACUCCCGGAUUCGAAUGUGCAGGAGUAGUGACGCGUGUGGGAACCAAUGUUACCGACUUCCGUCCAGGAGACCGUGUGGCGCUCGCCAGCCCUGGCUGCAUCAAGACAUACCCCCGAGCGCAUAUGGACUAUGUACAGCAUAUCCCUGAUGAUGCCUCGUUUGAGGAUGCGGCUUCAGGCGUCAAUCCCGCCAUGACGGCUUAUCACGCACUGAUCAACCAGGCGAGGCUCGAGGAGGGGGAGAAGAUCCUCAUCCAUUCCGCCGCGGGAAGCACGGGACAAAUGGCCAUCUGGAUUGCCAAAUCCGUCGGUGCCGAAAUCUUCGUCACAGUUGGUUCUGAUGAAAAGAAACAACUGCUCAUCGAUCGGUUCGGGAUAGCAGCAGACCACAUAUUCUACAGUCGCAACACGACCUUUGCUGGAGGUAUUAUGCGUGCCACGGAUAAUCGAGGUGUCGAUGUCGUCCUCAACUCUCUAUCUGGUGAUGGCCUCAUAGCUUCCUGGGACUGUGUAGCUCCCUAUGGCCGAUUCAUCGAAAUCGGAAAAGCCGAUAUUUCAGAGAACACACCGCUUCCAAUGUCCGGUUUCAAGAAGAAUGUCAGCUUUUGUGCCAUUGACUUGCAUCACAUGGCCCUCACGAACAGAGCGCUGGUCAAGAAGCUCUUCGCCAAGGUCACAGAUCUUUUCUCAAGGAACAUCAUGCAGAAGCCGUACCCGCGGCACGUGUACACCAUCUGGGACAUUGAAGAGGCACUCCGGUACAUGCAAAGUGGAAAGCAUAUUGGAAGAAUCAUCAUCACGGCGGACUGUGAGAAAUCUGGAACAAAACUCGUUCGCAAUUCCACCUCAUGGACUUUUGAUGCAAAUGCAUCGUAUGUCAUAGCCGGAGGAUUCGGUGGAUUAGGGAGGUCAAUGGGCUUGUGGCUGGCUACCAGAGGUGCCAAAAACCUCGUCAUCUUGUCCCGCAGUGGGACAUCCUCGGCCACUUCCCAGUCGCUGGUGGAAGAGCUGAAAGAACUGGGCAGCAACGUCUACGCACCUCGAUGCGAUGUUUCAUCAAGUACAGACCUUGCCAAUGUGAUCGAGGAGUGCGGGCGAAACAUGCCACCAAUCAAAGGUGUACUCAACGCGGCAAUGGUUCUUCAGGAUGCCAUCGUAGAGAACAUGACUCACGCUCAAUUCAGGACGGCAGUGCAAACCAAGGUCCAGUCUUCUUGGAACCUACACAAUCUCCUGCCGCCAAAUCUGGACUUCUUCAUCAUGCUAUCAUCCCUCUCUGGAAUCUACGGAAGUGCUGCUCAGAGCAACUACGCUGCUGGCUGCACAUACCAAGAUGCCCUUGCCAAAUAUCGCAUCGCCCGCGGGCAAAAGGCUGUCAGCUUUGAUGUUGGCUGGAUGAGAACCAUCGGCAUCAUUGCUGAAAAGGAGGAUUACCGCCGCACGAGAGAAGUUACAAGAGACAUGGUACCGAUUGAAGAGAAAGACUUCCUGGCCCUUCUUGAGGUCUACUGCGAUCCAUCACGGACACUGCAAUCCUUGGACAAGGCACAGCUGCUGAUUGGUGCUCGCACACCAGCAGAAUACAAGGAACGUGGCUUUGCAUCCAGCCGGCGCUAUGCCAUGCCUCUGUUCAUGGGAUUCGAGCAAUCAUUCGGCAGCACUUCUGGCGCCGCUUCAGGAGGCCAACGCGACAUGGCCCUCAUGGAUGACUUUAGUGUUCUCUUCCAAAAGGCAACGUCCGCGGAGGAAAAGUCGGCCAUCGUGGUCAAGGGCUUGGCCGGGAUGCUGGCUCGCGCCCUCAUGAUACCUGCCGACGAUAUCAGCCAGACAAGGUCGCUCUCAGAUUACGGUGUGGACUCUCUCAUGGCGGUGGAGUUGCGCAAUUGGAUCAGCAACAAGUUCGACACGAAUAUUGGCGUGUUUGACAUUAUGGGCGGGAAGCCUAUCCAUGCCAUUGGAGACUUGGUGGUCAGUCGGAGCAUUAUGGAUAUCUCUGGAUAA